AUGGGAAAGACAAGGACAAGGACAAACUGGAUCCAGUCCCGGGCUGAUGACAACCGACGAUCGUGGAGACUCGCAAACGCCUAUAUAGUCUCGCAGCUUCCGCCGUUCAAGUUCGAAUUCUCCUCUCCAUCCAACAACAAGCCUGACAACUUACACCACAAAGCCAACUCUCCAGCACAACGCAAACACCAACCAACCCAACCAACCCAACAAACAACAACAACAACAACAAUCUUCAAGAUGCUUGCCUCUACUGCUGCUCUUCUCGGCCUUGUCGGCGCCGCUGCUGCCUCUCCCCUCAACGUCGUCCCCAACUACCCUGCCGUCAAGCAGUCCACUGGCUUCCGCCUCUACGUCAACGUCACCGACAAGGCUCUCGACUUCUCGCCCUCCAUCCAGGGCCUCUACGUCACCGGCAUCCACGUCGGCGCUGGCCUGAACGAGGCCGGCCUUGGCUCCAAGAGCGAAAACCCGAGCAUCUUCUACCAGAACGGCACUGCCUCCGACGUCCGCUUCAGCGGCGCCACCACCAUCACCGACCAGGGCUCUCCCCUCGUUCCCUACGGCAUCUCUCUGUCUCUGGAUGCCGGCUCCGAGACUCUCUCCUCCGUCAACAUCAACGGCGGUGCCGGCACCAACGCCGUUCAGAUCUCCCAGUUCCCCGAGGGCUUCCGCUACCUCGGACCCGAGACCUUUGUCGUCUGCAACGAGCCCCUUGCCUACUACCAGGGCACCAAGUUCAACGUCCUCAAGCAGGCUGCCACCACCAUCAGCUCUUCCGGCCAGAUCGAGAAGAACAUCCCCGCCGGCUGUGUCCCCGUCCGCCUGCUCCCCGAGUGCGCCACGCUCGAGGUGCUCCCUGCUGGAUCCUACGCCAGCCACGAGUAUGCCAUCAACUCUGACUGCUACGCCGAUGUCGCCUCCAUCAACUGGAGCCUGUACGGACCUUAA